AUGAUUGUUCCCAGAACUAAUAAUGAUCAACAGCCUGAUCUGGUUAUUCAUGUGGAUGAGUUUAUAGAAUCCCAAGGAGGGAAAAAUGACGAGGAAUCAAGCACAAACUCAAGCUAUUUGAAGAAAUUCCUCGGGGAGGUAUGGAAGAUCCUUUCAAAACUAGACACAGGGCCUGUGAGAUUAAUGGAGAAGGUGUUGCUUUCUAGACCCCUGAAAGUGUUUGUUAAAUUGCCAUGGACAAUAAUCUCAAACCUGCCCGGAGUUAAACUCAUGAAACAACCUAUUGAGCACCUUUUUCACUUCACACAAGAAGAAAAGGCAGAAAAUGAAGGUUCAGCCUCAAAUAGUCUCAUUGAGAAGCCACCAUUAAUAGAGGAAAUCGCAAUCCCAUCUGUUACUGAACUCACGAAUUCUGGUGUUAGUUUUGUACCAACUAACGGAUCCAUAUCAAGCAUCAAAUUUGACACAAAAACAUUGACUUUUCACCUUCCAAAAGUUGGUCUAGACGUCAACACUGAAGUGUUAUUCAGAAAUUUAAUUGCAUUUGAAGCAUCAGUAGCGUCUGGGCCUUUGGUUUUGACACGAUACACAGAAUUAAUGAAUGGGAUUGUGGAUGGUGAUGAGGAUGCUAAGGUGCUGAGAGAAAGAGGGUUGAUUCUGAACCACUUGAAGAGUGAUGAAGAAGUGGCUGACUUGUGGAAUGGGAUGAGCAAGUCCAUAAAGUUGACGAAAGUGCCAUUGUUGGAUAAGGUGGUUGAAGAUGUGAACAAGUAUUAUGAUGGAAGAUUGAAGGUGAAAGCCUGGAAAUUCAUGAGGAGUUAUAUCUUUGGGUCAUGGCAGUUCUUGACGUUUUGUCUGCAAUUUGUCUCUUGCUUUUGA